AUCCGGAAUCCGGAGCCAGUAUCAGCUGAUCUUGAUCGCAUCCAGUCACAAAUACUGGAUAAUCAAGCUCUGAUGGAGCAGCUUCGACAUAAGGAAGGAGUUCUAAAGGCUGUGAAAGAGAAUGCACGGGAAAUUCUUGCGCAUGCGAAGCCAAAUGAUGCUGCAGCUGCAGAAAUUAGCAUCAAAAUAAAGGAGCUCGAUGAGCUGUGGCUGGAGCUGAUGGAUGGAAUCACAAAGAGAGGCAUUGUUUUGGAAGAUACGCUGGUAAAAGCAAGGCGAUUUUGGUUUGAGUUGCAGUCUUGUCAGAAAGCUAUUGAAGAAUUACGGAUGCGUAUCGAAGGAAUACAGGCUGCGUUUGGGGAACCAGUUGUUAUCGAGCAGCAGCGCCAUGCUCUUAUGGCAAUUGAAGAGGAAAUGCGCGAUGCUAAACCGCAAAUUAUGGAUAAAUUGCGCAGUGCUGGUCGUGAGCUUUGUGAUGUCGUUGCAGAAGAUGAAAAAGCUCAUGUGGAACAGCAAAUUAAUGCCGUUGAAGGUGGAUGGGUUACCGUCACUAAUAUGUGCGCACGGAAAAAUUCGGAUUUGAUUGAAGCAAUGGAUAAGGCAAUGGAUUUUCAUUCGCUUCUGGCCGAACUGCUUAAUUGGAUUGCAGAAGCCGAGGCUAAGGCAUCAGAAUUAAGUCCGGUUCCAGGCGCUUCUUCUACUGAUAUCAAAAAUGAGCUGACAGCACUGGCUGACUUACGUUCGUUGUUGGACGAGAAAGCACUGAAAAAGGAGCAGUUGAACCAACUAUGUGCUGGCUUAUGUGUUGGUACCACGGCACAGCAAUCAGCUAGCAUAAGGGCUCCAAUCAUUGAUUUGAAUAUGCGUUGGAAUCGAUUAUACGCAUUGCUAAGCGAACGUCAGCAGAAAAUGGAGAAAGCCCUGCUGGAGAUGGGUCAGUUUGCGCAAGCGUACGAGCAACUGAUGCUUUGGAUUGAAAAAACAGAACAUAUUUUGAGUGAAAUUAAUCCGCAUCCAACAAAUCUAAAAGAAGCCGAAGUGGAGGUCUGUAAACAUCGUGUAAUUCAAAACGAUGUGCUUGCACAUGAGGCCAGUGUGGACACCCUGAACAGUGCUGCAAAACGUAUAAUAGCUGCUGAUCCAAAUGCGGCAAAUACAACGCAGCCGAUGAUUGACAAUUUGAAUUCUCAUUGGCAUAUGCUGGUCGAUAAGCUUGAAGAUGUCUGGGAGCAGCUGAAUGGUGCUCGAAAAGCUGCGGAAAAUCUUGGAAGCGAAAUGGAUAAGUGGUCAAUGUGGUUGCAAGACAAAGAUGCUGAUUUGUCGCACGCUAAACCGACCGGUGGACUACCAGAAACUGCUCAAGCCCAGCUCGAUGAUUUCUUUGUUUUGAAGGCUGAAAUCGAGCAAAAUCGACCGGCGCUGGAAGCGCAUUUGGAGGCAGCAGCGAAAUAUCUGUCAGAUAGCGCGAGCAACAGUAAUACAUGGAUUUCGCAACGCGGUGCUCAACUUAAGAAGAAGUGGAUCCAGGUGCAAGAAAAGAUCGGUGAUCGAGAGCAGAAGCUAAGAAUAGCACUGAUCGAAGCGGAACAGCUUUAUUCGGCAAUGACUUCGAUGAGUGAAUGGUUGGACGCCGUCGAGGAACGUUUGGGACAU